CUAGCGUGAGUGGCUGACCCAGCUCUAAACAAAGUUUUGAAGAAAAUUGAAUUGCGAUGCAUUUAGCCAAAAUUGGACUGUAGCAGCUACCCCAAACGACAGAGAACCAACGCAGAUCGCCCGUAGCCGCAGCCACAUGGAUACCAAGUCCAACGAUGACUCGGCUGGCAGUGACUCGCUGGACAAAUCUAUGCAAAUCAAGUGUGUGAUGGUAGAGACGACGGGGGACUCCAAUGUGGACACAAUGGCCUCACCUGAGGAGUUGGACAACUGCAGCCGGGAUUCCGCUGCGGAAUCGAUGGACAAAGGGGGCGCCGAGGCGGGAGCUGGAAAACAGGCGGAUCAAAAGACUGAAGCUGCGGCGGGGACGCGGGGCGAGGGCGACAGUCCGCCAAGCAGCGUAACCCCACCAGAACAUCCGGCCAGCAACUCGCCCACAUCCUCCUGCACUGCCUUCGAGACGAAAGUCAAGCUAAUCUCACAGAACCUCAAGGAAACUACUCUGGCCGAGAGUUCCGGCGCAUCAGUAUCGGCAUCCACGUCCGUCUCCAGCAACAGCAGCCUGCUAGAGCCGCAGACCUCCAACAAUUCCACUACAGACACAGAAUCCACCGCGUCCAACGUCCGCGUGAAGAAGGUGCGCUUCCAUCCAGACGUCAAGCAGAACGACGGUGGCACCUGGGUGAAAAAGAAGCGACGCUCCACGCAGACGAAACGGGCCUCCUCGCCCAGCGGCGCAAACUGUGAUGGCGAUGGCAUGGAGCUGGACGGCGAGGCCGAGGAAUACGAGGACAAUGAGGACGAAGAGGAGGAGGCGGAGGAGGAGUUCGACCUAGCCAAGACGAUCGCCGAGGCGGAGGAUUACCUUAAGCAGCACCCGUUGACAUUCGUACAGCGCGUUGAGCAGAACGGCGAGCGGCUGCAGGACGGACUGCUCAGCAUCGAGGACAUGCUGAACGAAGUUGGCGAGGAGGUGGUCACUGAGUUCAACGACGAGGACUUCUUCAGGCGCAUCAAGCCCGAGAAUGGCAUUGAACGAAUCCUGGGCAAGGAGACUAAGGCGGGCAAGGUCGAAUUUCUUUUGCGCUCCGAAAACCAGGGCCGACUUUUUUGGGAGUCGGAGGAGUUUAUUAAGCGUACGUGUCCCUCGCUGCUCAAGGCAUACGAAAAAAAUCGAGAACGACGUCAACAGCGUUUGAUGCACCACGUUGCCAAACGGCAGAGUCUGCGACAGCGAUACACGGAUUUCUAGUAGCGGCUACUUAGGUAUUAGGUUCUUAAUUAGGCUCCACAUAAGUAACAUUUUUGUAAAAUGAAGUAAAUGAUUUUCUUUUGUUGAACAAAAAUAA